AAGCAGGAAGUGGGAGUGAAGGUGGCUCGAGGGGGUGGCCCGCGAGCUGCUACCACCGCUUCGCCUGGUCGCGGCCGCCAGGGGCGAGAUGGAGGGCCCGGGGCUGGGCUCGCAGCUCCUCUUAGAUCCGUACGGCAUGGAUGUGGAAGAAACUUUAUAGCUACGCUGAUCAGUUCUUUGCCUUUUACAAAUGUUAACACUGAAGCCAAAAAUAACCAGCAUUCACCAACAUUCACCAACAUGAAAUCUGAGACUUUGGCCUUGUUCUCAAGGGGUUUACAUUUCAACAAGUGCAGGAAUCACAGCCAUGGCCCCCACCCUCCAGGAUUUGGUCGACAUGGAGUCUGUGCAUAUGAAAGCAAAGAACUUGCCAAGGCGAGAGAAGCUCUUCCUCUUAUAGAGGACUCUAGUAACUGUGACAUUGUAAAAGCUACUCAGUACGGGAUUUUUGAACGUUGUAAAGAGUUGGUAGAAGCAGGAUAUGAUGUCAGGCAACCAGACAAAGAAAAUGUGUCGCUUCUUCAUUGGGCUGCUAUUAACAACAGGCUGGAUCUUGUAAAGUUUUAUAUUUCAAAAGGUGCUGUAGUAGAUCAGUUGGGUGGAGAUUUAAAUUCGACACCUCUUCACUGGGCCAUCAGACAAGGACAUUUGCCUAUGGUCAUAUUAUUACUCCAGUAUGGAGCCGACCCCACUCUCAUCGAUGGGGAGGGAUUCAGCAGCAUCCACCUAGCAGUAUUAUUUCAACACAUGCCUAUUAUAGCAUAUCUCAUCUCAAAAGGACAGAGUGUGAAUAUGACAGAUUUAAAUGGGCAGACACCUCUCAUGUUAUCAGCUCACAAAGUACUUGGGCCAGAACCAACUGGAUUUCUUUUAAAGUUUAAUCCUUCUCUCAGUGUGGUUGAUAAAAUACACCAAAACACUCCACUCCACUGGGCAGUUGCAGCGGGAAAUGUUAAUGCUGUAGAUAAACUUUUGGAAGCCGGUUCUAGCCUGGACAUCCGAAAUGUUAAGGGCGAAACACCUCUUGAUAUGGCUGUACAAAACAAAAAUAGGCUCAUUAUUCACAUGCUAAAAACAGAAGCCAAAAUGAGAGCUAACAAAAAGUUCAGACUCUGGAGGUGGCUGCAGAAAUGCGAGCUCUUCCUGCUGCUGAUGCUUUCUGUGAUUACCAUGUGGGCUGUUGGAUACAUACUGGACUUCAAUUCAGAUUCUUGGCUUUUAAAAGGAUGUCUUCUAAUAACAUUGUUUUUUCUGACAUCUUUGCUUCCAAGGUUCUUGGUCGGGUAUAAGAGUCUCAUCUACUUACCAACAGUCUUCCUGCUAAGUUCCAUUUUUUGGAUAUUUGUAACGUGGUUCAUCUUAUUCUUUCCUCAUCUAGCAGGCACCCCUUUCUAUUUUGCUUUCAUUCUCAGCCUAAUAGGCUUCCUCUACUUUUUCUACAAGACUUGGGCAACUGAUCCAGGCUUCACUAAAGCUUCUGAAGAAGAAAGGAAAACGAAUAUCAUCACCCUUGCAGAGACUGGCUGUCUGGACUUCAGAACAUUUUGUACCUCAUGCCUUAUAAGGAAGCCGUUAAGGUCACUUCAUUGCCACGUGUGUAACUCCUGUGUCGCUCGAUACGAUCAGCAUUGUCUGUGGACUGGACGGUGCAUAGGUUUUGGCAACCAUCAUUAUUACAUAUUCUUCUUAUUUUUCCUUUCCAUUGUUUGUGAUUGGAUUAUAUAUGAAUCUUUCAUCUAUUGGUCAAAUCAUUGUGCCACGACAUUCAGAGAAGAUGGACUGUGGACCUACCUCAAUCAGAUUGUGGCCUGUUCCCCUUGGGUUUUAUAUAUCUUCAUGCUAGCAACUUUCCACUUCUCGUGGUCAACAUUUUUAUUAUUAAAUCAGCUCUUUCAGAUUGCUUUCCUGGGCCUGACUUCCCACGAGAAAACCAGCCUGUUGAAGCAGAGCAGGCAUAUGAAACAGACAUUGUCCCUCAGGAGGACCCCAUACAAGGCCUCGGCGUCCACUGGACCUUCUGCAUCCACAGGUGUGGAAAGAGACUGGAGACUCUCCUGGAUGUCGUGGGGGCCAGGCCUCCAUUGGCCAAACUCAGUCCCGUGUCCCAGUCAAUGGUAGGUGAGCCUGGAAAAUGUAGUAGAACAGUGCCCAGGAAGCAGAGGGGAAACACAAAGACUGCUAAGCCACAAUAAGGCCCUUUCUUUGUUUUGCUUGGGUUUUUCAUUUCUAAACUUCACUCCACAUAUAAUAAUCUCUUCUUUUAUAGUCUAGCAGAAUGUUGCAUUUAGUCCAGCCUACACUCUCUCCCACUUCACUCACUCAACAAAUGUUUAGUGCGUGCCUACUGUUUGUCGAGCACUGUGAAUACAAGCGUGUCACAUUCUAACAAGGAAGCAGAUGGGAAUUCAAAAUUUCAAGGGAAUGACAGCAGUGCUAUGUCAAGUAUUGGCUGUGGGAACACAGAGGUGGAUUAGUUCUGCUCAGGAAGUUCAGGCAAGAUUUUGCAGAGGAGACGGCAUUUGACCUGUGACUCGAUUAUAGGAGUUUGCCAGGCUAAGAAGUUGGUUAGGUUGUGAAGAUGGAGGGCGUUCCAUCUUCUAGAUGUUCUAGGCAAAAUGAGCAGCAUUAGCAAAACAUGAUGAGGUGGGGUACUUGGCAUAUUUGGCAAGCUUCAAGUCUUGGAGUGUAGCUGGAGCUCCUCUGGAAGAGAUGGCUGAAGCUAAGUUGAAGGGUAAGUCCAAGGCCAACUUGUGAAAGCCCUUGUAUUGACCUCCUGUUAUGGGCCGAACCGUGGCUCUCCUCCUUGCCCCCACAUUUAUAUGUUGAAGUCGUAACCCCCACAACCUCAAUACGUUAAUUGUAUUUGGAGAUGGGGUCUUAACAAAGGUAAUUCAGUUAAAAUGAGGCUUUUCGGGGUCUCUAACCCAACGUGACCGGUGUCCUUAUAAGAGGAAGAAAUUAGGACACAGACAUGCACAGAGAGAGGGCCAUGUGAUGACGGAGAAGGCGGCCACUUACAAGCCAGGAGAGAGGCCUCCGAAACUAACUCUGCUGACCCCUUAAUCUCAGACUACCAGCCACCGGAAGUGUGAAAAUGUAAUUUCCAUUGUUUGAGCCACUGGUCCAUGGUUCUUUGUUACGGAAGCCCUAGCCGACUAAUACAUAUACCAAA